AUGUCCCAGCAGCCCCCGAGCUUCCUGAUUCGUGCGUUGAGGAGAUCGGAUUGGCUCAGAGGUGGGAGGCGAAAGGGAAUUGUCGGGAGAGGCGGCCGGGAGAAAAUGAACGCGGCAGCUGCGCAGUGCCUGGUUACCUUUGAAGAUAUAGCGGUGUAUUUCACGGAGAGCCAGGGUGCUCUGCUAGACCCAGAUCAGAAGGCGCUGUACAAGAACGUCAUGAUGGAGAAUUACGGAAAUGUGGCUUCACUGGGUUUUUCAGGCCCCAAACCUGAACUCAUCUCCCAGAUGGAACGAGGAGAAGAACCAUGGGUGCCAGAAACGCAAAACCUAGAUGAAAUGGAGAUCUCCAGUGCCAGCUCAGCUCCAGAUCCCUUGACAGAAGCAUCGCAAAAAUGGGCUCACGAGGCGUCUGGUGCCCCAACGGAGGCCGAAGGAAUGCAACACCCUCAGAAAGUUAAGACGUACUUCUGGUCUGAGGCUGAGCUUGCCACAUUCAUAGAUCUCUGGACAAGCCCAGAGGCCCAAAAACUUCUGCAGAGCGCCAGGCACGACAAUCUCUUCCCCUGGUUUUCAGAGCAGAUGCUAAAGCGAGGUUACGUGCGCUCCCGCUCGCAGUGCAAGGACAAGCUGCACAGCCUGAAGAAGAAGUUUAAGCAGAUCACAACGCACAACAAAUGCUCUGGUGUCACUCAGCGCACCAUGCCCUUCUUCGACAAGUUGGCAAGUAUCCUGAUGGAUCAUCGGGAUGUGACAGCUGCUGGCAGCGGGAUCGCUUCCCCGCAGCCUCCGAGGCUUAAAUACCACCCCGUGAAGACCUACCACUCCCCAACAAGGGAGUCCUGCUUCCUGACUCCAGAUGCAUCCAGGCGUGUGGAGCCCUACCCUGUAAGGCCACCCGCUUCCAGCACACCCCACCCAACGCGCCACAACCUGUCGGCAACGGUUUCCAGGCCCCCGGAAGCUGUCCUGCCCAGGCACCUGUCUCCGGAGGAGGAGCAGCAGCAGCAGCAGCAGCAGUGGGAGAAUCACAGCAUUACCGACCUGGACCGGAUGGUGAUGCGGACCCUUGCCCGCAGUGGCGAGCCCCCUGAGGACCCGAGCGGCCAGCUGGAGAAGAACCUGACUCCUUACCUGUCGCAGACCAUCUGGGGAGGAGAGCCGCCCCCGCCCGAGUUCGACUUGGGGCACCUGUUCACCGAUCCCAGCGAACUGUCCGCCCCUCACUUUCCCGAGGAAGAGGACUGCAGGGAAGUCCCCGAGGGAGAGGAGGAAGGAGAAAAAGAGGAGCCGGAACAGCCCGCGGAGCAACAUUUUCCGGCCGCAGCACAAGCCUCUCAGCCGAGGAGAAGCGCUCCCGAGGUGAAGCCGCCCCUCACCAACGCACAGCGCGCCGCGCGCCUCAGGAACAAGCGCAAGACAGACCGCGUGCAGCUCGCACGGGACUUGGUCACUGCCAUUGAAACGGCCGGGGAGCGCACCUACGAGCUUUCCAGGGAGAUGAACGAGCAGGAGAAUAAAAGGCGGGCCAGCGAUCUGCUGCGAGCCGUCCGGUCGACCUGGACCAUAGCCAACAGCAUCCGCGCGUCGGGCGAGCUGCUGCGCCAGGGCAUGGCAGCCUCCGACAUCGUCUUCGAGCGGGUAAUGAUGGCUCGCACGGCAGCGAUCGACCGGCAGACCGAUGCCAUCCGGAUGCUCACGGCAGCUUUGCAGACUUUUGGGCAGGGCCAACAAGCGCAGCCGCCAUUCCAGCCAUAUCCCUGUGGCGCAGCACAGGAAUUUAUCCCUCCUUCCUCCUCCUCCUCUUCCUCCACCGCUCCUGUCACUACCACCCCCUGGUCCUCCGCCUUUACUACUACCACCACCUCGUCCUCCGCCUUUACUACUACCACCACCUCGUCCUCCACCUUUACUACUACCACCACUUCAUCCUCUGCCUUUACUACCACCACCCCCUCCUGUGUGAUGGCGGCACCCCGCGGUGUCCUCGGCCACCCCGACAAGCACCUGCAGUCCUGCUUGCACAGGAGGAAGCAGAGCAGCACCCUCCAAGAUGGCCUGCAGCUCUCGCUGCCGGCUGCGUCCUGCCAUGCAGUACCGUCCUUUGGGAAGUGCGGGAAUGCAAGCGUGGCUGAUGAAUCUGCCAUGAAGACCGUCGCUGGUCACCGUCACGGCCGGGAUGAGCUCAAGUGGCGCCAUGCCCAAUUCCAGCUUGAGGAGGAGAAAUCCGCAGCGGUCAAGGGCCGUGGCCACUUCAGCGCCGAAGGCAGCCUUGCCACUGUGCUGGGGCUGGACAGGAGCUGUGCUGGCGGGGGCCGCCCGGGCAUGGCCCCGGCCUGGUGA